AUGCCCACGUUUAAUCCCGCUAAGGACAUCCCUGAUCUUUCGGGCAAAGUCAUUCUUAUAACCGGCGGUACUUCGGGCAUUGGCCUUACCUCGGUACACCUUCUCGCCCCGCACAAACCCUCGCAUAUCUACUUCACCGGCCGCAACGCUACCGCCGCCGAAUCCGUCAUCUCGGCUGCGCAAGUCUCGGCCCCGACCGUACCCGUUACCUUUAUCCCGCUCGACCUCGCCGGUCCGCGUACAGAGAUCCGCGCUACCCUAGCCCCACACUUCUCCGGCCCGGACGCCCGCCUUAAUAUCUUAAUCGCGAACGCUAGUAUCAUGGCUACGCCGCCCGGCCUUACUACCGAGGGCUAG